CCUCCUCAGCGCGCCCACCCCGGCCCCACGCGCCCCGGCCGCGCCGCCUCGCCGCCCUCCGCGCACGCCGUCCUCGUCUGCCAUGGCCCGGGAGAACGGCGAGAGCAGCUCCUCCUGGAAAAAGCAAGCUGAAGACAUCAAGAAAAUUUUCGAGUUCAAGGAGACCCUCGGGACGGGGGCGUUUUCUGAAGUGGUCUUAGCCGAAGAGAAGGCGAGUGGCAGGCUCUUUGCGGUGAAGUGCAUCCCGAAGAAGGCUCUGAAGGGCAAGGAGAGCAGCAUAGAGAACGAGAUAGCCGUUCUGAGAAAGAUCAAGCAUGAAAACAUCGUCGCCCUGGAAGACAUUUACGAAAGCCCAAAUCACUUGUACCUGGUCAUGCAGCUUGUAUCCGGUGGAGAGCUAUUUGAUCGGAUAGUGGAGAAAGGAUUUUACACAGAGAAAGAUGCCAGCACUCUCAUCCGCCAGGUCUUGGAUGCUGUCUACUAUCUCCAUAGAAUGGGCAUUGUCCACAGGGACCUCAAGCCUGAAAACCUCUUGUACUACAGUCAAGACGAGGAGUCCAAAAUAAUGAUCAGUGACUUUGGAUUGUCAAAAAUGGAGGGCAAAGGAGAUGUGAUGUCCACAGCCUGUGGAACCCCGGGCUACGUAGCUCCUGAGGUCCUGGCCCAGAAACCUUACAGCAAAGCGGUUGACUGCUGGUCCAUCGGGGUGAUUGCCUAUAUCUUGCUCUGUGGCUACCCCCCUUUCUACGAUGAAAAUGACUCCAAGCUCUUUGAGCAGAUCCUCAAGGCGGAAUAUGAGUUUGACUCCCCCUACUGGGAUGACAUCUCUGACUCUGCAAAAGACUUCAUUCGGAAUCUGAUGGAGAAAGAUCCAAAUAAAAGAUACACUUGUGAGCAAGCCGCUCGGCACCCAUGGAUUGCUGGUGACACAGCCCUCAACAAAAACAUCCAUGAGUCUGUCAGCGCCCAGAUCCGGAAGAACUUCGCAAAAAGCAAAUGGAGACAAGCAUUUAAUGCCACGGCCGUCGUGAGACACAUGAGGAAACUCCAUCUCGGCAGCAGCCUGGACAGUUCAAAUGCAGGCGUUUCAAGCAACCUCAGUUUGGCCAGCCAAAAAGAUUGUCUGGCACCCUCCACGCUCUGUAGUUUCAUUUCGUCUUCAUCGGGGGUCUCAGGAGUGGGGGCUGAGCGGAGACCGAGGCCCACCACUGUGACCACGGUGCACUCCGGGAGCAAGUGACUGGCUCUGGAGGUGGGGCCCAGGGGCGGGGCCGGGGAAGGGGGCCCCCACCACCCCCACGGGGCCACCAGCGCCACCAGCCACUCCAGAGUGAUCCCACCUUGCAUGGUGCGCCUCCCUGCACAGGACUGGAAGACAGAAGUUUUUUAUGGCCAUAUUUUAUACUGCAAUUCUGAAGUGUUCAUUUCUCACAAACUGUACUGACUCAAGGGAGCUGAUGUAAUAGGAUCUGGUGCUGUACAUAGGAGUCUUGCAAAGCUCUGAUCGAACGGACCUCCUCAUCCUCUCCCCCAGCCCGCGUCACUUCCGCUCUUCUCGGUAUGGGGAACCGUCUGUGUUGUAGUUUUUUCUUUAAUGACAAAAAAGGUUUCAACUGGAUUAUUUAAGUCUUGGUAAAUAUUGCGCAUUAGGGUUUUAUUUUUUAUCUUUUAAGAAAUAUGCCCUUCUGAUCUUUACUUCUUAGUCACAUGACCUGUAUCUUUCACUUAUCAGUAGUUGAAUUUUAUGUUAACCUUUAAGAGAUGUGUUUUUUUUUCCCUCCAAGGGGAAUGUAAAGGUAUUUUUAAAAAUUCUAAUAAGAGGAUCGAGAAUCUGUCUCCAAGGCGAAGAGUGCACUUUACUUCUAUUUUUUCCUCCUUCUCUCUCCUUCCCUGGAGAGGCAGCUCUCUAAGAAAACAACUCAGCAGUCUAGUGAGGCUGCCUUGUCUCCAGGGCCACCUUGGGAGGAAAUCUGCAGAAGACCUUUUCCAACACCCCCUCCAGCCUGCCCCUGGCCAACGGGAGACCCUAGGGGCCUUCGCCAUCAGUGGUCAGAAAUAAAGAAGCCUGUGCUCCCAAGACUAAGGCUAAAUUCCAGACACUUCACUUGCUGUGAAAGAGAUGCCCACCCAACAAAGAUAUAAGAGCCUCCCUUCCAGAAGGAACCAGAUGCCAUUUUGGUUAAAGGCAGCGUCUCACACAGCUUACAUUUCUCAUGAGGGUAACACAGAAAACUCUGCUCUCAGCUAUGCAGUUUUAAAGUUAAUCAAUCUCCCUCUCUCUCUCUCUCUCUCUCUCUCUCUCUCUCUCUCUCUGUUUUUUAAAAAUGCAUUUCUAAUCUUAUACUUAAAAUGGCCUCCAACUGACACAAGUUGUUUCUGCAGAUUUUUACCCUGUUCUUCUAUGAAAGUUACCCAGGCGAGGAGAGGGAAGUGGCCUUGGAAAAGAGUCCAUUUACCUGGGGUGGUAAAGGAGGUGACCUUCCAGGCAAGCAGGACACUGGCCAGUGUGGUGAUGGCCAGCCCGCACUUGCAGCCCUCCCUCUGACCAGGGCAGCCUGAAAACCAAAGACCAGUAGUGGUGGUGUCACCCAAGGUGCCAGUUUGCCCCGGACUUAAGAAUUUCUUGGGAUGUAGGACUUGCAUUGCUAAAACUGGCAAUGUUCCAGGCAGCAUUGUUCACCCAGGUGGGGUACAGGUGUGCAGGGUAGAGCAUGGCGUGAAACCCAGGGCAGACCGCUUCCCAGGAGGGCUUCAAGGAUGCUCUCUGGCAGAGGCAUGCAGGUGGCUCCAAAUGCUGGCUUUGCAAAAGCCCUCCCUUGGCCACCAUGCCCAACAUAACACCAUGAGUCUACAUUUCACACCAUCAGCCUCAAGCCUGCCGUGAGUCCCUGUAGGUCUGCCCGAUGGCCCAACAAGUCUACUGGCUGUGGCCCCUCCUUCCCUUCUCCUAUCGCUACCCAAAGUCAGCGGGUCCUGUUGGUCAGGCCAUCUUUGUCCCUUCCACACCUGUGCCACAUGCUUAGUGAUAGCCCCUCAACAUGCACACCAUGUUACUAGGCUCAGCAGCUCCAUUCUGCCUCCAUUAGUACGGCAGUGCGGGGAUGUAUAGGAGCAUCUGGGAAGACAGGCAACUGGUCGACCCUGUUCCCAACGCAUAUCAUAGGCACCCAGCCCCUUGGCAGGAAUCCCACUUGGCAUUUGCCACACAUGCAUCCAGAGUGAUAGCCAGGCUGUCACUCUUCACUAUUUAUAAAAAGCCUGGAAAGUCUAUAAAAUGACCACAGACCCAGUUGAGAAGCAAGUGUUGUGUGAGUUGGAUAAGUAUCAAUUGCCACAGAAGGAAAAUGGCAUGACUAUUAGAGUAUCAGGAAACUGAGCUCUCUCUCCAGGGGCUUCGUUAGGGUGUUGCUUCCUAACAAGUGUAAUGGAACAUUCCUGUUUCUACAGUGCAAGAAAACAAGGAAUUAGGUGUAACGGGGUGAUGAUGUGGCCAAACCUGGUAUCUAUGACAUGUGCCUACCACCAUGUCCUGUGUGCACUGAGUUGCAUUUAGAGGGCAACUUCUGAAGCUACAUUCUCUCGUGUGUGGUUAUAUUAUUUCCUAGAGCCAAUACCUGGGGUGCAUGUUCUGUUCAGUUAGUUUGGAAGCGUGCCUCCCCGAGAAGUGUAGAACCAGUGAGAGGUGAGGCCCCGUUGUAAGUGUCCUCUUCGUGGCUUGGGUGAGCCCAUGGCCGCACUUGGCCUGGAGCAUGUCAACAACAGUGUGAGGUGAGGGGGCCUGGUUUCAGCCCAAAAGCCAACUCUGUUGAACUUGACGUCAGGCAUUUUAGGAAGAGGAGAAAAUAAAUACCGAGUGGAAGACCUUUUUUCUCUUUGAGAGAGCCUUUGUGGCAUAAAGACAGUUCUCUCUCAACUGCAUUUGGUAUUAUUUAUGCUUAUUGCCACACGGCGAGAGAACCCAGAAUGUGCCUUUUGUUAAGACCGGCUAAGUCCCGGGGCUCUCGCUGAUGUCAGAUCCCAACGGCUGUAGCUGAGCCUGUCACACGGGCCCCCAGCUGCCACCUGCUGUGGAAGCCAGCAUGUGGCCGAGACUAACAGACGGCCACCCGCUCUACCACAGGCUUCUUUGCAACCCCAGCACCCACCCUCCAUUGGUCUUUUUAGCUUCUCAGAGCUAGUGGAUUUUUUUUUUCACUUGAAUAUGACAUUUUGAAAUAUCCUUGAGUGGUCUUUCUCUCAGCUGCCUGUCUGUCCCUCCUCCUCUUCCCCACUUUUCAUCUCAUCAGUGAGGCGGUAGGCAAAGCCAGCACUGGUCUGAAAUGAGCAGUAAGUGAUCGCCACGCGGGGCCCCCCCACGACCAGCUGCUUGUCGCUCUUAAGCAGGGUUCCCUGGGUCUGGACUGCUCACUGUCCUCCCUUGGCAAGCACAGCGGGGCAUGGGGCAUUGGGUUGGUAGGGGUAAAGGCAGCUGGAGCCGAGAGGGCAGAGAAUGCCUCUGUGGAGCACACGGGACCACAGAAAGCCCUUGAGAAAAGAAAACGGUGCCAAGAUAGAUUGACAGCUAGUCCAGGGCAUUGCGGCCAUCGUGGCCAUCGCAGCAGCAGGUUUUACCAUCUCCUCCUGCCUCAGACCCCAUAAGAAAAUAGCAAGGAUGAUGUCCCCCUUCAUGUCUCCUUUUUAAAGAAAAGAAUACCAAAACACAAAUGAAUAAACAAAAAACCAAGAAGCAGGUGUGGCUUAGUGUUGUUGACUAUGGCAGUGAUUCUGGUCACUUCUCAAAUCCCUCCUCACGAGCAGGGAGCAGCUUCAUAUCCCCACAAAGCAGCUUGUCCCCUUUGAAAGGGUCCCACUCUCCAACUAGCUGUUAGCAUGGUGUCCAAGAAACCCCACAGCCCGGUGUGGGGCAAAGCGAGUCGGCUUUGGCUCAACAGGCAAGGCUCCGGCACUUGGGAAGCAUGGGCCAUCUGAUGGCAGGGACUUGGCAUAUGACCCUCAGGCUC